CAACCACCAUUAAAACCAAAAGAAGAAGAAAAAGACAAGGCAGCGUGUGGAAUUCUUCAACAUCAUGUCUACUUUUUUGGUCAAGGUUUUGGUGUCACAAUGCCAUGAUAUCGAGCGCACACUGGACAUGUUAUGCUGGCCGAGUUGUUCGUGGCCGGAAGUAGAGAGGGUUGAAGCCCUUGGUUUAUUUAUCAGAGAGCUUGUCCUCAACUCGCACUCCAGUGCAGAGGUUUAUAAUGGGUUUAAGACCAAGGAACGUUUUAUUUGUAAAGUGCAAUCAGUUAUCUGGAACCAUUGUGUACCACUGCUGAAAAUGAUCUCAAGUGAGAAAAUUGCAUCUCGGGAGGAAAGUGUUCCCCAAACUAGUAAGAGGAAGGAGAUGCUCCAUGCCACUUGUGCACUUCUUCUGAUCUGUGUGAGGGAGUGUGAGACUGACUCCCUGGAGGAAAUAGCACGUUUUGUUUUACCUGCUUUGUCAGGAAAGACUGACAGUCAUGGGGACAUGCAGAAGCUGGAUGUUGAUGUGGCCAUAGAAGUUCUGGCAGUAUUGCUCUCAGGUGUUUCAUCCAAUCCUGCCUUAGCUAAGAAAUCCCUGUCCUGUACUCUUUGUAGUGUGAAGGAGCUUUCAGACAGUUGGGUGUCCAAAAUCAUUGUCCGUAUCUGGUUCACGUGUCUUAACUCCUCGAAUAGAGAAAUGCAAGCAGACCUUCUCUCUUACCUUUGGGGGGAUUUACUGGCCUGGUGUGAGCUGGAGGGCACAGAAGUGGUGACUGCACGCCUUCUGCUAUGCCUUACUGCCCUUUCUGACUUCCUAUUCUCGGUGGAUGAAAGGAGCUCCAACCCAGAGAUGUCUCACACUUUCUUCAGAGUGGUCCAAGCUGGACUUGUACACAAGGACACUGUGUCUCGGAAGAGGGCACUUUAUCUGCUGAAUAGAUGUGUCUCGCUGGCAGAGGCAUACGAUGGACAUAUUAAUAUGUGUGAGACAGAAGAAUUUUUUUUCAAAUGGAAAGCAGAGCAAAGAUCAGUGCUUCGAGAGUUUUGGGAUGCGUACACCCUGGUCCUGGAGACUCUUGAGGAAUACCAGAUCCAUGUGAUUCGACCUGUACUAAGCCGAAUUGACAUGCUUGUCAAAACAAUUUCAACAGAUACUCAAGGCAGUGGACUGAUUCAUCCAUCCUGGUUACUGUGUGUGUAUCAGCGCAUGUUCCACAGUGAGAACAAGGCUGUAAUAAAGGAGGGAGUCACUCAUCUGUUAGGGCUACAAAUGCUUCAGCAUCCUUUUUUUGCCCUUGCUUUCUCCCAGUUUGUUGUAGGUCCCUUCAUGGAUGUCCUAGCUGAGAACUGGCUGUACCAGAGGUCUCCUAAACAAAGCAUUGGAGAAUGUCCAGAACUAGGUGUGAAACUGCAGAAUUUCAUGGUGAUGUUUUUCAGCAGUUUGCCUGAGGACAGACAAGGAUCAGUGUUACUGCAGAUGCUCAAACAUUUGAGCUCUCGACGGUGGUGUUCUAUCCCUCUGCUGUUCCUUUCUCAAGCCCUGUCCUGCUUGUCACCCAGCCCUCUUCUGAAAGCAGAUGGUCUACAUGUACUCAGAGAGGUGCUUGGCUGCACUAUGGUCACUCACCACAUCCUACUAAGAGGGGCCAUCCAGUGCUUCCUGCUUCACACUGUUCUCCAGCUGUGUGAUGUGUCAGUGGUGUCCCUGGAUGAAGUAUUUGCUUUUCUAGCACUUUUCCGAGCUGAGGAGUGCCUGUGUCCAGGCACAACAAUUUGGGAAAAGCUUUCUGAUUGGUUGCUGGCUAACGAGGGCCAUUUUUGGACUGCUGUGACUUCCACCAAUGUUUCCCCACAGAAAAUCUCAGUCCACAGCUACAACUCUUUAAAAACCUUCCUGACCAGACCAGUUAGCUCCGAUCAGGCAGACAGAGUAGGCGAGGCUAAAUCGCUAGCUCGCAGCCUCCUCCUCUCUGCAGACCUGAACUGGAGGAGAAGAGAGGAGCAGGGUCCUGAGUACAUGAGACUGGAACAGCUUUUCGGCCCUCUGCUCGAUAUCCUGCACCGGCUCAACACCAGCGUUUACUUGCCCCAGUGCAAGACCGAUAAGAGUCUCCAGCUCAUGUUCAGACUUUUGAUGCUUCUUGACAAAAACGUAGAAUUGGGAAUGGAGAAUGAAGGUAAGAUGGCAGUUGCCUUGACACAGCUGCUGUUGGUUGUGGCAGAACCGGUUCAAGAGUUCAUACUAAGAAGGCUGAGUGGAGAACUACAGGAGUUGUCUGAUAUAGGCAGGGCAAAUCUGUAUCUGUCUCUUUUACGGGUGCUGAUAAAAACCUACUGCAAAGUCCCAGGCUACAGCUCUACAUUACAGAAAAACUACGUGUCCAGACUCACUGUAAACUGUGUGAGACUUCUCAAUGAGCCAUCUGAACAGAAUCCAUGUAUUGCUGGACAGGUGCAAAAAGCAGUUAGCAUGGCAACAUUAGCCUUGCUAUGUGAGCUGGCUGAUCAGUGUCUGUUUGACUCCCAGUCUGAGGCCAUGAGAUCGCUUUGCUCGCUCACUGCUUAUAUCUGUCCAUCUUCAUCCUCUUUAUCCACACCUCAGUCCUUUAACCAGACCUUACCGAAGCCUUCCUCUACAGCCGACAUCGCCGACUGUCCAUAUGGUGACCCACUUCUGAGAGACUGGAGCAGAGUGGUAGCUUACUUCAUCAGAGACCAGUGGACAUGCCUCUGUUUCCUUCAGAAGUUUGCGGAGACCCCCAGAGCUGCAGAGGCCUUCCAGGCUGCUGUUGAGGCUCUUUCCUUGCUGCCAAGUGAUUUGGUGCUGCCUGUACUGGACUUUAUGUGUGCAGCUUUACCACAGGUUCUCCAUAAUGAGGCCUUAUGUGUGGAAGCAGUAUCUGUGUCCUGGACACUGGUACAUGCCUUGAGUACAAAUGCUCAUGACUUCUGGCCUGUCCUGCGGGCUUUUGUACGCUUGGCUUUCCACCGCAGCUUCCUCGAGCUACAGGAUGUUCAAAGUCACAAGAUAACUGCCUGCAUCCAACAGGUUACAUGUGAGCUGAUUGAGCUCUCCCAGGCUAGGUUGGGAGUUUUUAAUGUGCUGAUUCAGCACUGCUGCAACACCUGGCUUCCCUCUCACCCUAACGAUCACACAGACACCGUUUUCCAAAGUGCUUUAAAUCAUUUGGACAUACUGACUGAGGCUUGCAUCUAUGGACCGGUCUACAGAAGAGAUCAAAGGCUACUUCAGGAGGUUCAAACUUAUGUAGAACAGCUUGGGGAAGAGCUUGCAGCAAAUGUGGUGAUUAACAGUUGGAAUAGGGAUGAUCAGUUUCCACGCGUGUGUGUUUUGGCCUUUCUGAGUCGUCUUGAAUCAUACAAUACUCUACAUCAGAGGCUGAUGGAGAAGCUAGUGCAGUGCUUACUGAAAAAGGAUAAGGACAUAUCAAAGUCAAAAGUGCGUUAUUAUAAUAACUCUAUGCAGCACAGAGUAAAGAAUAGGGUGUGGCAAACGUUGCUGCUCCUCCUGCCCAAGUUGAGGCCGGAGUUUGUGGUGGAGUACAUGUUUGGCCUGGUGUGUGAGGCAGGCUUUGGUAACAACCAGCCUUCUGUCAAGUACCUGAUCGAGUGGGCCCUGAUUCUGAUCCUCCACCAGAACCCCUCUCAUAUUCAGCAUCUGUGGAUCUGCUUUAAUGUGGAUGAGGAGAAAACAAAGACAAGCGUCUGCACAUUCCUUUCUGUCUUGGUGCACCUGGGCAUCCUGCUCCCUAAGCUAGAGGAUAAGGCAAGGCAUUGGCAGAAGGCUGUAGAGGUGAUUUUACUGUGGUGUUUCAGUCAUAACUUCACUGUCCGGCUGUAUGCAUUGCUGGCUCUGAAAAGAGUGUGGGGUUUAGAGGGGGCACGACUCCUGGCUGAAAAUGAACAGAGCAGUUCGGCGUCUCUGCAGGGACUAGCAACAGUUGUUGAGGCCUGCCUACAUCAAGCUGAGGUCAUGCAGAACACUGGCAAUGCUGUAAAGAACUGGUCCAGAAUACAGGAGCAUUUUUUCUUCAGUGCCUUUCAUCCUCUUGAUGAUUACAGUGUAGAGACAAUUUUCCACACAUUCCCGAUUCUGUCAGAAUUGGCAGAGGAUGAGUACAUUCCAGUGUGGAAGUUUGAGAAGCUGGUGGACUUUCAAGACAGUUCGUCUGUACCUUUGAAAAAUCCAGGCAGAGAGCUGAGGGAGCUGCAGCAUAGUGACUGGGUUCAGCAAGAUAGAGGUGAGUUGGAACAAGAAGAGCGCUGGGCAGAUGUACAGAAAAAGAUUGCCCCUUGGAGUCUGAAUGUGCAGGAGGUGGAGCCACACCUUGUGGCCCAGCAGAGAGUAGCACGUCUGGGUAAACUUACCACCGCCCUCCUGGUGGUCGCCUCACUUAUUGACAAGCCCACAAACCUGGGUGGUCUUUGUCGAACUUGUGAAAUCUUUGGAGCCAGUGCUCUGGUGCUGGGUAGCCUGCAUCACGUCGGUGACAAACAGUUCCAAGCCCUGAGUGUCUCUUCUGAGCUGUGGCUUCCUCUGGUGGAGGUGAAGCCCAUGGACCUGGCAGGUUUUCUGCAGCAGAAGCAAAGAGAAGGUUACAGUAUCAUCGGAGUGGAACAGACAGCCAACAGCCAGAGUUUGCAAAACUAUAGGUUUCCAGAGAAGACCCUAUUACUGUUAGGGAAUGAACGAGAGGGUAUUCCUGCUAACCUCCUGCAGUUGUUGGACGUAUGUGUGGAGAUUCCUCAGCAGGGAGUGACACGUUCUCUCAAUGUGCAUGUGAGCGCUGCCUUACUGGUGUGGGAGUACACCAGACAGCACUUGGGUCCUGACCAAUCCUCUUAAGUACUUUAAAUCUAAUCCAUUGGAGAUUUGUCCUUCCAAUAUCAACAUGCUCUGACAACUACUAAAGAAGGCAUGAUGAUACUGGAGGUUGGGCUCUCCAGUACCGCUCAAGUGAAAUCCUAAGAAAUAUGUGUGUGCUUCAUUAACCAGCCCCAAAAGGCUGUGGCUCAGGUGGUAGAGCGGGUUGUCCACUAAUCAUAGGUUUGGCGGUUCGAUUCCAGGCCCACGUGUCCCCACAUACAGAAGUGUACUUGGGGAGACACUGAACCCCAAGUUGCUCCCAUUGGCAGGCUAGCACCUUGCAUGGCAGCUCUGCUACCAUUGGUGAGAGUGUGUGUGUAUGAAUGGGUAUGAAUAAGACCGCUAAGUUAAAAAAGCGCUAAAUAUAUGCAGACCAUUUACCAUUUACUUGAAUACGCUUUGAAUUUGUUUACUUAUUAUUUGAAGUUUGACAACAUGUGCAGCUCUUUGGUGUAUGUUUUUAGAAAGAUUUGACUGGUCACACACACACACACACACACACACACACACACACACACACACACACAAACAAAAAAAAACUCUCUUCUUUGGUAAAAGAAUAUUUAGAGAAUAUGAGGUGAAUAAUUAUAACCAAUAAAACUAUGACAAAAUGUUUUUGUUUAGACUUUGUUUCUU